AUGAUAAAUCCACAAAAUGUCAUGGAUAUUUUGGGAAAUCUAAUUUCUGCACGUUUAACAAUAUCUUCAACAUCUACCAAUGGACCGAAAAAUGAGGAAGUGGCAGUUAUACUAUUUAAGAAUGUACAAUCUAUAUUGAAUUGUACAUCAUAUUCAUUUGAAGAUGAGGAUACACUUGAUCUUGAUUUUAAUAUUGAAUUAGCUGACGAUGAUCCUCCCUUUGAUAAUAAUGAAGAUGAUGACGAAAAUAUUGGUGAUGAUGAUAAGAUUGAUGAUGAUUGUAAUAGGAACGACAAUUCACGUGAUGCUGAUUACAAUGAUGAACGUCAUACUACAACACAAAUUCAUGAUGAAUUAACUAUUGGUUAUGGACAGGGUUAUAUUUUGUUUGGAACAGUUGUUGACUGGAUUGAUCGAUUUUCAAGUGAACGAGAGUUAAUGGGAGAUAAUCGUCGAAAUCAUCAUCCAAUAAUCGUCAUUCUUCAGCAAAGUUAUGAUAAUGAUAACGAUUUAGUGAAUGACGAUUCACAUAUUAGUGUUCAUCAUAUUGCUAUCACCUUAAAUAUAUCACAAGGUAGUGUAGAUACGACAGAAUACCAUCAAAAAGGAUAUCUUAUGAGCUCACUUAAAAAUAACGAUCUCGACAUGUUGAUAUUUGUAGUGAAAAUUUACAGAAGUUUAAAACAAUCUAAAGCAUAA